CCGCGAGAUUUCUCCAUAAACUUACUGUCCAAACAAGUACCGCUCAUCGCCCCCGCAACAUACCGCUCCCUUACCCCAUAGUCUUUCUUCCUCGUUCAGAUUGACUAUCUCCGAGACAUUUGCGACGUCGCCGCACUGAUCCUCCCGCCCUUAUUGAAACCGUAGCCUCAACCAUUUCUCCUCUCCGACCGACGCUUUCGUCAACCUCCCAACUCUCCUCCAUAAUAUCCGCAAAAUGUCGAAGGAAUUCACCUACGCUGAGGUCAAGGGCCACGCCACAAAGAAGGAUCUGUAUCUUGUGAUACACGACAAAGUCUACGACGCCUCGAGCUUCGUGGACGAGCAUCCUGGUGGCGAGGAGGUUCUCGUCGACGUUGGCGGCCAAGAUGCGACAGAGGCAUUUGAGGACGUCGGUCACAGCGAUGAAGCACGCGAGGUCCUAGCCGGCCUGCUUAUCGGGACAUUGAAGAGGAUGCCUGGCGACCCAGAGCCAAAAGCUCAGGCCUACCCAACCUCUAGCAGCGGUUCCUCGUCCUCCGGUGGUAAUGCAGGAAUGGGAGUCGGCCUGUAUGCCAUCCUUCUCGUUGGCGGUGCCCUUGCUUUCGGCGCAUACAAGUACUUCGAAGCUGGUAAGGUUCUUCGACGUUGACGAGAUUCGUAUGCUCAGACAUAUAAUCGCAGCAUGAUUGAAACAAGACGAAAUCUAGACUUGUGUGUUGAGGAGUAGGCGACAGCAUGAGGAGGCCAUUGGCGACAGAUGAACAGAGAAUAUCGGCGACGGCGUUUCGAUCCUUGGAAUAGUAGCGUGAUGGUGUACGAUACCGAAACCUGAUGGUCGGUGACACAUAUUGCAUUCAGCAGUCCUAGCCAAUUAGACACGUCAUGUAUAAACUUCGUGGCCUUUCCGGCCUCAUCCAA